CCAUUGCCCUGGCUUUUAAGGAACACCUUCCUCCCAAGUUGACGGGACAUGCAGCUGGCUGUGCUCUGCAGCUCCAAGGAACAGAAGUAAGCCUAAGGCAGGAAGCCAGUCUCAAAGGCAGGACGCUGAAGAAAGAGCCAUGAAUUGUUUCAGAUCUCCUCCAAGCAACUCUUGGGUUUAUCCCACUGUGAUACUCUGCUUGUAUGGAUUUUUCUCCAUGUUCCGGCCCUCAGAGUCAUUCUUAAUCCCAUUUUUGUCUGAACCCAGUAAGAAUCUUACCACCACUGAGAUAGCAAAUGAGGUCCUCCCCGUCUGGACGUACUCAUACCUGGCAACUCUGCCUCCCGUGUUUGUCCUCACCGACUACCUGCGCUACAAACCAGUCAUCGUGCUGUAUGUUGUGGCCUUCGCUGUUAGCUACCUGUUUCUCUUGUUCGGCCGAGGUGUGGUGCUCAUGCAGGUGGCUGAGUUCUUUUUUGGGAUUGUCUCAGCCACGGAGAUAGCCUACUUUGCCUACAUCUACAGCAUGGUCAGCCCAGAGCACUAUCAGAAGGUGAGCAGCUACUGUCGGAGCGUCACACUAGUGGCCUACACAGCAGGCUCGGUGCUAGCCCAGCUCCUGGUAUCGCUGGCGAACGUGCCAUACUCUUACCUCUUUUUCAUAUCCCUGGCCUGUGCCUCUGUGGCUUUCUUUUUCUCACUUUUUCUACCAAUGCCUAAGAAGAGCAUGUUUUUCCACACAAAGUCUGACAGAGAAGCCUGUCAGAAGCCGCUAGAGCAAGGCACUGUCCUCGAGGAAGCUCAGAACCACGAGAGAGCUCACCCAGAAUUGUUUGCCAAUUCAAGGAAUCCAGGGGACAGAGAGCUGAGCAAUUCAGCACAAGAGAAAACGGCUUUGAGACUCUUUGUGCAUUGGCUUCAAGAUCUGAAGGAGUGCUACUCCUCAAAGCACCUCGUUUACUGGUCCCUGUGGUGGGCUUUUGCCACAGCAGGUUAUAACCAAGUCUUGAACUAUGUCCAAGUCCUUUGGGAACACAAAGCACCCUCCCAAGAUGCCUCUAUCUACAAUGGAGCAGUAGAGGCCGCUGCAACAUUUGGAGGAGCUUUGGCUUCGUUCUCAGUGGGCUAUGUGAAGGUCAACUGGGAUCUCCUGGGAGAGCUGGGGCUGGCUGUCUUCUCGGCUGUCAUCGCAGGCGCUCUGUUCCUCAUGAAUUACACACUCAGCAUCUGGGUGUGCUAUGCUGGCUAUUUACUGGUCAAGUCCAGCUACUCGUUUCUUAUAACCAUAGCAGUCUUUCAGAUUGCAGUUAACCUGAGCUUAGAACGUUAUGCCCUGGUGUUCGGCAUAGACACCUUUAUUUCCUUGGUGAUUCAGACCAUCAUUACUGUGAUUGUGGUAGAUCAAAGAGGGCUCAACUUGCCAAUCACCACUCAGUUUUUAGUUUAUGGGAGUUACUUCGCGGUCAUUGCUGGGGUCUUCCUCAUGAGAAGCGCAUAUAUUCUCUUCUCAGCCAAGAGCCGAAAGGAAGUACAGAGCCUUGCUGCUACUCAGAGUCUUAAUGAGCCACACCCGCAGGAGCCCAGAGAUGUAUCAACAAAAUUCUAACCCAAUUAAAUCAACUCCAGCUGCAAAAGGGCAGGAUUUUGAGAAGGGCAUCUAGAGGUGCUUUGCCACACACAGAUGCACUCUGCCAGGAUGGGUUCCAACACCACGACCAAGCGUCAGCCUUGGGCUAGAAGUCUUUAUGCCCCGCUAAUGGCAAGCGCUCCAUAUAGGCCAUCAGCUGUAUUAGUUACUUUCUUGAUGCUAUGACAAAAUACCUAACAAGGAGCAACUGAAGGGAGGAACUGAAUGCUUCAGUUCACAGUUUUGGGGGUUGCCCUCCACUACGAGAGGGAAGGCGUGAGUACAGGAGAAAGAAGCUACUCCACACGCCCGUUGCACUCAGAGUACAGAACAAUGAAAGCUGGGGUUCAGAUCGCUCUCUUCCUUUCGUUCAACAUUCCACUCCAGCCUCUGGGAUGGUGCCCCCACAGUUCAGGUGACUCUUCCCGCCUCAGUUAACCUAAUCCAGAUAACCCCUUACAGAUGUCCAAAGAGGCUUAUGUCUUCAACUUCUAGAUCCUGUCAAGUAUUAACAGUGUUAACUAUCACUAUUAAAAGCUGAACAACCCAUGUUGGGAACACGUACACACACACACACACACACACACACACACACUCACACUCAACUGUGAAUAAAGCUGAACAACUCUUGUUGGGGAUCCCCCAUGAAUUGCAAUAACUUGGAAAUCCUAGCUCUGAUUUGAAUUCUAAGAACAAGCAAAGGGCAUGGAAACAAGCCAUGAAGAGACUCCAGCCAUCCAACAAUGAUACAACAAUGAUUUGCCCCUAUCCCCCCACCCCCAAGUGAGCACAGAUACCAACAGGACUGACCCGUAAUUGGCUUAUGUACUUUGUGGAGCUAAAAAGGCAGCACGUGGGAGAGUUUUGUCUCUCUUCCACUAAGCAUACUUCUGUUUCAGCUCCCAGCUCUCUCAAAGAAUGACUCAGCUUGGUCCCAUUUCUGAGAGUUGCUCUUCAAAUCUACAAACACCAUCUUUCUGUUAGCAAGUUUUUACUGGAUAGUCUCAGUGCACUCCUCUUUUUUUUUUUUCAUCGUGUGAUCCCUUCUGGACUCGUGUUGGAACUCUCCCCCAGGCAUCACUCCCGAUGCUCCUGUGUGCCCAUGGCAUGCCCUCACCUUCGUUCCCAAUGGUCUGGGAGAGAUGAUGAGCCCUCUUCCCAUCAUGGCCUUAGAUAAGUGUUUGAUUGAUGAGUGCGGAACACUUCUGAAGAAAAUUCCAGCUUUCCAGCAAUCUUAAUACGUAACAAAACACUUGCAGAAAAUAAAUACUGAUUGUUUCAUUUAUUACUACGUUUUGUUGUGAAGGAUCAAACCCAGGUCCUCACACAUCUCAAAUAAGCUCUCUGCUUAAUUGUUAAAUGUCAGAGAUUAUGUUCAAUAAAAUACUAAAUUUUUUAAAGAA